AUGCCUAAAAGGCGUUUCUGUGCGGCUCCCCAGGACGAUAUUCCAAAUUUCGAAUGGUCAGCAGCGGAAGCAAAUUCUAUAUUGACCGACUCUUCUCCCAUGAACUUGGAGGAUCGGGAAAUCUUGCAGGCGAGUCGUGAAACUCAAUGGGUACCAACGGGGAUGCCUAAUUCCGAAGACAUGUGGCUAGAAGCUGGUAUGUCAGCUAGAAGUGAAGAUAUACCCCUUGUAUUGGACGCGUGCUGCUCGAAAAACGGCGUCGAGUUUGUGGUCUUGGCGCUUUCGUUCGAGGACUCACGCUGUUUGCUUUACUCGGACGGUACGGAGGUCGCUACGUUGAACACGCAAUCAUUCGACCAGUUGAGAGAUAUGCAGAAGUCGCGAUCGCUGAUGCUGGAAGGGCUAUUGAUGGUGCGGGACCUGACGAAACCGACCCAGGCGGACGCUAUUCAACGUGGAGCAGUUACCGAUAUUGACAUAAACAUCUAUGGAUAUCAUGAAGUCUCCUCUGAUGUGGCUAGCUCUCUCUCUCUUAGUGGCCUGUUCCUACAAGAUCCUGAUUAUCUAGCCGAAGACAUAGCGUACGAGAACCCACAGUGCUUGAAAUUGCCAGCACAUCACCAAGGCAAUCGAACGGACUUCAGGGUGAACGAUGUUCUCGCGGUCUCCCCUGCCCAAGACGAAAGAUCGCAAAGCGCACAGGAAACUGUUGGUCUUGACUAUGAAGUAUUGUUGGAUCGUUUUGCUCGACACGAUUACCUUGAACAAGCCAAAGUUGAUGGUCGUAUUGCGACUGAUCUUCUUCCGUUAGGACUCGCAUUUCUCGUGCAAAGGGAAGCUCUUAAAUCUCCUUCAUCUCACACUUUAUGGGAGCAACAGGAUGGAAGCGAUAUUGAUCCAACGUACCAGCACGUCAUCACCGGCGCGAAAAGCCGAGAGCCGCAGGACACGUGUGGUGGCAUCCUUGCUGAUGACAUGGGGCUUGGGAAAACGUUGAUGAUGCUCUCAGCCAUUGCAGGCUCACAGAUCCAGGCAUUUAAUUAUGCCAAAUCGCUAACUUCCCCACCCGGUGCCAGUAGCGAUCCAGUGAUCGCCGCAAAGUCGACGCUGCUCGUUGUACCGCACACUAUUCGCUAUACUUUAAAUUAUCACAAAUACCAUGGUCACAGUCGGAAUGUCGACCUCGUUGGACUCUUGAGUAACGACAUCGUGUUAACGACUUAUGGGACCGUUGCCGCGGAGUUCAAGCGUAAGAAGAGCCUCCUGCAUCAAAUCAAAUGGUAUAGAAUCGUUCUUGAUGAAGCACACAUGAUACGGAACGCAUCGACGAAUCAAUUCCGCGCUGUGACUGCUCUUAGCGGCCAGAUCCGUUGGUGCUUGAGUGGCACACCAAUACAGAACUCCCUAGAGGACCUUGGCUCUCUCGUCACAUUCUUGAGGGUUCCAAUGCUUAGCGAAGCGGCGCAAUUCAGGCGACACAUUACUCGCCAAACUAACAUCACUAAAAGCUGCCGUCAGCCAGACUUUGAAAGCUUACGACUACUGCUCGGUGCAGUCUGCCUCCGGCGUAAUAAAGCACUUUUGCCUGUAUCCCGAUCCGAGGAUCUAAUUCAUAAAAUUCAAUUCUCUUGGGAAGAUCGAAUAGCGUACGAACAAUUAGGCCAUGCCUGGAGGGACGCGCUUGACAUGGCUGUCAGUGGUCACAAGUCAAAGCAGGCUCACCAGACGGUACUGGAAGCUUUACUCCGCAUGCGAAUCUACUGCAACAAUGGUGACUACCUCGGGGAUGGAAGCGCCGGCAUAUUGUCGGAACCAGAUGAACUUGGAAGCAUUCUCCAGCAACAAGGUGGGGAAGCCUGCCAUCUUUGCUCAUGUGAUGUCAGCUCUUUUGGCCACAUUGAGGACAGCAGCUCUGGUACUGUGACGGUCUGUGGCCAUGCACUAUGUGGUGACUGCUUUGAACGGUACGCGGAGCAAUUGACUAAGGACCGGGUCUGCCCCGUUUGUGGCGUACAGCAUGCUCUGCGAAUCGCAACUACGAAAGUACAACCAAGCUAUGAGCCUGAUAAUGCAGGAGGUUUCCCACCAAAGCUGCAGGCCUUGUGUGUAGACAUUGAGCAUCAUAUGAAUGAGAGUAAAAGUAUUGUGUUCUCAUUCUGGAAAAAAUCCCUUGAUAUAAUCGGCAUCAUGCUCACAAUGAAACAUAUCCCUCAUCUUCGUGUGGACGGCGCUUUGCCAUUCAGCCAGAGGAAACGUGUCUUACAUGAAUUUCAAGGAGCAGGGCAAGGUAUGGUGUUACUUAUGACUCUGGGAACAGGAGCGAUUGGGUAA